GCCGGUUACAAGUUACUGGAUUUUACCACAAAAACGCUUUUGAAGCUUAUCUCACAGCCCCAAUAUGACCGCCCUCAAAGUUUUAGUGAUCUUCAGUGCGCUCUUCGCGUUAGCCUAUUCUGCCCCACAUCCCGGCUUCUUUGGUGGCAAACACGAACAUCACACAAUUCACGUACCCUACCACGUGCACACCAUCCACCACCACCACAUCAAGAAGGUGCACGUGCCCGUGGUCAAGGAGGUGGAAGUGAUCAAGCAUGUGCCCAUCUACAAGGAAGUUCACGUGCCUGUGAUUAAGGAGGUGCAUGUGCCAGUGCAUGUCCAUCACGAGGAGGAGCAUCAUCACAUCGAGGAGGGUCACAAGGGCGGCUGGUAUUAGGGGGAGUUGGGCGCUCACCCACAAAGGCGUUGCCAGCGGCAGUGCUCUAGACACAUUUUUUAGAUAUAGCCAAGCUAUGUAAAGGAAUACAUAUGUACAGACAGACAUACUCGUAUAGCCGCAAUAUUGUGUUAGUUUUGUAGUUUUUCAUUUUCUUUUGUUUAUGCUUUUUUUGUUUUUGCAUUUUUGUAUUUUUGUUUUUAGUGUUAUAGUAGCGCACGCGCGUUUGUCCAUGUGUACAAAUUUCAUUUUACCUGACAUGAAUUUAAUUUUAAUUAUAUAUUUUUGACGAUUUUAUUCUGGUCUAUUUAAUUUUAAUUACUUUUAUUUUCCCCCUUAGUCUAUCUUGCUUUUUUACAUACAUACCCGACAUAUCUAAAUACUAAUUUAAAUGCAUAUGAGAAUAUAUCGGUCUCGUAACUGUACUACUCGUACUUACCUCGAUCAGUCGCGCGCCACUCUAUUUGGUGUUUCAUAAUUUGUAAAUAACUAUGUAGCCAGAAGUAUGCGAGUACGGCAUAUA